AUGGGAUGGUUCGUCGAAUUGGAUGACGCCAUAAGGGCGCGUCGCAUCGACGACGGGGAUAUGCAAGUUGCAUUUGCCCAGUCAAAUCUGGCAGGACGUGCCAAGACUUGGGCACUGGGGCUCAACUUGCACGACCCAUAUGCGUUUGGGUCGUUAGAAGUCUUCAAGUCGCGGCUCAGACAAACGUUUGAACCGCCUAGAGCUGAGUUCAGAGCUCGAAACGAACUCUUGAAGCUCAAGCAAGGUAAGCGUGAUGUGCACGCUUACGCGCAACAUAUACGACAUCUCACGAGUUGUAUAAGUUCCAACCCGAUUGAUGAACACACGAUGGUUUCGGUGUUCAUGCAGGGUCUUGCGGAUGGUCCCGUCAAGACUCACCUGUUCCGACUUGAACUAGAUUCACUAGAACAAGCCAUUUACAUUGCGGAACAGGAAGACUUCAGUCUGAGACAGGCUCGCGCCAGCUCGACAUCAUAUCGUCAACCGAGACAAUAUGACAGCGGAGGUCCAGAGCCGAUGGAACUCUGUUAUGUAGAGAGCGAGAAGGCUCGCUCUACGGACUACAAGAAGUUGCAGAAAUGCAACAGAUGUCAAAAGACAGGACACUACGCUUACGAGUGUAGUGCCCCCUCGUCCAGUGUCUCGCAACACUGGGCGUAG